GUAUUAAAAUUACUUAAUUAAGGAAAUGAAAGUAAAGUUUGCUCAAAUGUUAAUAUAAAAAUUUGGUUGCGUGUUUUAAAAAACGAAGCUGGAAAAAAUGUAUAACAAAAAAAAAAUAACAAAAACAAAAGCAAAACAAACGCGUAAUUGCAGAAAUCAGCUGUGUACCUACAGCACGCACACUCACAAGCACACGAUUUACGAGAAGAGACAACAAAACAACGCACGAUUUGUGCUCCACAUGAGCGCCAAGCAGUUAACCCUCUUCACCACUCUCGACUCAUCAAAACACUGAACGAACAGCUGAUAUUGCGCUCUCUCGCUCUCGUUUUGUUUCUGUUGUGCACUCUCUGGCUCUGCUGCUUUGUCUUUAUUUGGUUGCUUUUCAUUUUGUUUUGAUUCCGCAGCUCAACGAACUGUCAACGUUUUUAUACUCUUUCGCAAGAAAGUUUUAUACAAGCGAGCGUAGGAAAUGAAAAAAUUGGGCAAAACAGUCAAAUCGCCGUCCGCAUAAACAUUAAACUUAAUACAAAAUAAAACCUACGAGUAAUUAAAUAAUAUUUGGUAUACGUAAUAAAGAGUAAUUAGCAACGCAUCAUAAAAUCUACGUAAAUAAUAAAACUACACAUGGCGUUCAUUUCGAAAGAUUUUCGGUCACCUGGAGAGGCUUGGGUCAAAACCGAGGAGGGCUGGGAGCGUUUAAAGGUGCUUGAAUGCGGUGGCAAACGCAAGCGUCACAGCUCAGAGGGCACAGAGGUUGGAAGCACCAGCGAGGGAGAAGAUGAGGAAUCCGGGAGUAUGCCACCGCAUUAUCACAUCACAAUACGUUGUACCCGUGAGAUAGCCGGCUUUAAUGGGUUAACCGAGGCAGUGAAGCGUCUCGAUUUCCGUCGAUCUGUGAGGGAUCGCAAGCGCUUCCAUUAUAUCUGUGCGUUCCUGCUGUUGGUCUCCAACAAGGGCAUAGCCAGUCUGCCGGGCAGUGCACAGCGUCAGCUGCUCCAAAUGGUCGAGGAGGUGGCCUCACAUGUCAACGACAGUCAACAGCAUCCGAAUGUGCUGCGAGGAUUGGCCUUGAAGCUGGAGCACAUUGUGAACCAGGAGAACCAAAAGUGCUGGGGAAAGCCGCUGGGAAGCACCUAUCUGUGGCAGGAGCAUGUGGCAAGGAUUAAGCGCAUUCAGCGCGUGGCAAGUCAGAUUGAGAUCAGGGAGCCAGAUCCGGAGGCAAAGCCCAAACUGCACGAGCUGCCCGAGGAGUGUGUACGCGAGAUAAUCCUGUGCAUUGCCGAUCAUCGGGAUCUGGAAUCGGCCGCCGAGGCCUGGGAGACAAUGGCCAAGCUGGUGUCGGAGCAGCGCAUUUGGCGCGAGCUGUCACGCUUCCACUUCAAUGAGCGACAGAUUAACACCAUUUUGGAGCUGGACAAGAUCAAGCUGAUGGGCGAGACCAAAGACUGGAAACAGAUCUAUCAUCAACUGCGACGCACCUAUGGCGUCAACGAUGACUAUCAAUUCGCUGAGGUGUUGGCCCUAUGCCGCUCCUGCUGCUGCCUCUUCUGGCCCUCCGAUGGUCAUCCGUGCAUUGUCGACCAGAGUCCCGACUACAAGCAGCGUGUCGAGGAGGCUGGCGGUCAAUUGGCUCUUGCCCAGCCUGUGCCGCCUGCACAGUUCUUGAAGUACUUCUCAUUGUAAGACCCGCAGACUAAACCAAAAACAUACAAAAUACUGAGCUAAAAACUGACCAAUGCGGGGGGGCUAGGGGGAGAGAGAGCAAAGAGAUAGAUUCAUAUUUUUAGACAGAGGGAAAUGUGCAAAGAGAAAUAUGAGAAUUUUAUUGUGUAUGUUAAAGUUUUAAAGAAGAGAGAAGAGCAGAAAGUGAUGAAGAGUGCAAGAAUUAUGAAGAUUUGGUUGAGUAGAAAGCAAAGUGAUAAAGUUUUAACGACACUACUUACAUUAUUUUAUUUAAAUCUUAAGUGAGCUCACUUCUAGGUUGAGUUCGUAUAGUUUAUUGUUAGGAUUCAGAUCCGCCAAUGGCUUGACUAGAUUUUCAACAGUGUGUAGACGCUAUAAAUAUACUCUAAACUUGUUUUCGAGCUUUUUUUUUAAAUGGAUCGUAUCUCGAUCUGAUUAUCAUAUUGUCACAUGUUUGAGUAUUUGAUGGAAACGAAGCUAGAAUUGUGCAUCACAUUGGUUGUGAUUCCAGAACAUCUGUCCCGAAACGUAUUUCAAAGAUGCAAAAUGAACUGCCACAAAAGAGUAUAAAAAAAUACAAACAAACAGAUAAUAAAUAAAUUAAAGCCAAGAUUUUACUAUUUUCGAAAAGUUCUAAAAACCAAUUUGUUGCAUAGAAGAGUUAUGAAUUUUAAUCGUAUCUUUUUAGCAUUUAAGUGUAGUUAUUUUAUUAUCAGCUGCUUUUGGUGCUACAUUCGAUGAUAAGUUACCAAUUACCAAUUUACCAAGUUAUCCUGGAAUGCCCGGAAUGUUACCAAACCAAAACUCUAUUUACAAUCUCAAAAAAAAAAAAAACGAUUCUUAAAAAUAAUAAAGAUACAGAAAUCAUGUGAUGUUGCAGGAAGCAAAGCUAGAAACGAAUACACCUACCUAAAUAUAAACAAAACAAACAAAUCUUAAUUACAAAAAUAAAAAAUACAUAAUAAAUUAAACGAUUGCAUGUACUAUAUCAAAAUCAAAUACGAGUCCCCAUAUUAACUGUAGGUGCAUACAAAUUCAAGCCUAAUUUAAUCAAAUAAUAUAUACAAAAUAAAGUUAAGAUUCUCUAAAUGUUAAGCGUGUAAACUACGAAGAUAAACACUAUAAAACAAAUCGAAUUACAUCUAUGUUUUCCAUAUGUAGACGAUUCAAGUUUAAUGCUUAAAGGCUUUCUCAAGUCCACAGAUCAGUAAGUCUUUCGAUUUGAUUUAUACCCAAAAAUAUAUUAUUAAAAUGAUAUUAUGCGCAGAAUGCACUUAGCUCUGCUUCUAACUGCAUGCUCUUAUACGUGAUCGUAUUUGUACGUACAUUUUUAUGUUGAAAAUAAAUUCUUAACUAUUUAUGAGGCAA